GAAGAGAAGGAGAGAGAGAAGCUGAAGGAGACUGACAGGACUGAAGGAGUGGAUCUGAUGGAGCGUACCAUCAGCUCUGCAGCCUGUAGGAACAAUUGCUAGACUUCAGGAUGGGAGACGCAAUCAUGGCAGAAUUUGGGGCUGCAGCUCCUUUUCUGCGUAAGUCAGAUCAGGAGCGUCUGGAGGCCCAGACACGCCCCUUUGACAUGAAGAAGGAAUGCUUUGUGCAGGACCCUGAAGUUGAGUACGUCAAAGCCUCCAUCACCAGCAGAGACGGAGACAAAGUCACCGUUGAUACUGAGUUUGGGAAGACUGUGACGGUCAAGGAGUGCGAUGUUCAUCCCCAGAACCCGCCAAAGUUCGAUAAAAUUGAGGACAUGGCGAUGUUCACCUUCCUGCACGAGCCUGCUGUGCUGUUUAACCUCAAAGAGCGUUACGCAGCCUGGAUGAUCUAUACCUACUCUGGGCUUUUCUGUGUAACUGUCAACCCCUACAAGUGGCUGCCAGUGUACAACCAAGAGGUUGUCGUUGCCUACAGAGGCAAGAAGAGGACUGAAGCUCCUCCUCACAUCUUCUCCAUCUCUGACAAUGCCUACCAGUACAUGCUGUCAGACAGAGAGAACCAGUCUGUCCUUAUCACUGGAGAAUCUGGUGCUGGAAAGACUGUGAACACCAAAAGAGUAAUCCAGUACUUCGCCAGCAUUGCAGCAACAACUGGCAAGAAAGAUUCAGCCAUGGAGAAAAAGGGCACCCUGGAGGACCAGAUCAUCCAGUGUAACCCUGCCCUGGAAGCCUUUGGUAAUGCCAAGACCAUCAGAAAUGACAACUCCUCACGAUUUGGUAAAUUCAUUCGUAUCCACUUCGGUGUCAGUGGAAAGUUGGCUUCUGCUGAUAUUGAGACCUAUCUUCUGGAGAAGUCUCGUGUCACUUAUCAGCUCAAAGCUGAGAGAGACUACCACAUCUUCUACCAGAUCCUGUCUCAGAGGAAACCUGAGCUGCUGGAAAUGUUGCUCAUUACCAGCAACCCUUAUGACUACGCCUACAUCUCCCAAGGAGAGACACAAGUGGCAUCAAUCAAUGAUGCUGAUGAGCUUAUUGCUACUGAUGAAGCUUUUGAUGUGCUGGGCUUCACUCAAGAGGAGAAGAAUGGCAUCUACAAGCUGACUGGUGCCAUCAUGCACUUUGGUAACACAAAGUUUAAGCAAAAGCAGAGAGAGGAGCAGGCUGAGGCAGACGGCACUGAGGAUACUGACAAAGUCGCAUACCUAAUGGGCCUAAACUCUGCUGAUCUGAUUAAGGGUUUGUGUCACCCAAGAGUCAAAGUAGGAAAUGAGUGGGUCACCAAAGGGCAGAAUGUCCAGCAGGUGUAUUAUGCUAUUGGUGCUCUGUCUAAGUCAGUGUAUGAGAAGAUGUUCCUUUGGAUGGUUGUGAGAAUCAACCAAUCUUUGGAUACCAAGCAGCCUCGCCAGUACUUCAUUGGUGUGCUGGACAUUGCUGGCUUUGAGAUCUUUGAUUUCAACACCUUUGAGCAGCUGUGCAUCAACUUCACUAAUGAGAAGUUGCAGCAGUUUUUCAACCACCACAUGUUUGUACUGGAGCAAGAAGAGUACAAGAAGGAGGGCAUUGAAUGGGAGUUCAUUGACUUCGGCAUGGACUUGCAGGCCUGCAUUGAGCUUAUUGAAAAGCCCAUGGGUAUCAUGUCCAUCCUUGAAGAGGAGUGCAUGUUCCCCAAGGCCAGCGAUGCCACAUUCAAAGCUAAGCUUUAUGACAACCACUUGGGCAAGAAUCCCAACUUCCAGAAGCCCAGGAUUGUGAAGGGUAAACCAGAGGCCCACUUCGCCUUGGUUCACUAUGCUGGCACUGUUGACUAUAACAUCAUGAACUGGCUGGUGAAGAACAAGGAUCCCCUCAAUGAAACUGUUGUGGGACUUUUCCAGAAGUCAACUCUGAAGUUGUUGGCCCAGCUGUUUGCUGGCUAUGCUGGUGCUGACUCAGCUUCAGAAUCCGGUGGAAAGGGUGGCAAAGGUGGCAAAAAGAAGGGUUCUUCAUUCCAGACUGUGUCUGCACUCCACAGGGAGAACUUGAACAAGCUGAUGGCCAACUUGAGGUCCACUCACCCACACUUUGUGCGUUGCCUCAUCCCCAAUGAGACUAAGACUCCUGGAGUGAUGGAAAAUCCCCUUGUCAUGCAUCAGCUGCGCUGUAACGGUGUGCUGGAAGGCAUCAGAAUCUGCAGAAAGGGCUUCCCCAACAGGAUUCUCUAUGGUGACUUUAAACAACGUUACCGUAUCCUGAAUCCUGCUGCAAUUCCUGAGGGACAAUUCAUUGACAACAAAAAGGGUGCAGAAAAACUUCUUGGCUCUCUGGACAUUGAUCAUAACCAGUAUAAGUUGGGACACACAAAGGUGUUCUUCAAGGCAGGUCUUCUUGGUCAACUUGAGGAGAUGCGAGAUGAUCGACUUGCCCUUAUUAUCACUGGUAUUCAGGCCAGAGCUCGUGGUAUUCUAUCAAGAAUUGAAUUCCAGAAGAUUGUAGAAAGAAGGGAUUCUUUGCUGGUAAUCCAGUGGAAUGUCCGUGCUUUCAUGGGUGUCAAGAAUUGGCCCUGGAUGAAGCUGUACUUCAAGAUCAAACCUUUGUUGAAGUCAGCCGAGGCUGAGAAAGAAAUGGCCAACAUGAAGGAAGAGUUCACAAAGUUGAAGGAGGCCUAUGCUAAAUCUGAAUCUCGCAGGAAGGAACUGGAAGAAAAGAUGGUGACUCUUCUCCAAGAGAAGAAUGACUUACAGCUCCAAGUGCAAUCUGAGCAAGAUAAUCUCUCAGAUGCUGAGGAGAGGUGUGAGGGUCUGAUCAAGAGCAAGAUCCAAUUUGAAGCCAAAGUCAAAGAGCUGACUGAAAGGCUGGAAGAUGAAGAAGAGAUGAAUGCUGAGCUAACUGCUAAGAAGAGAAAGCUGGAGGAUGAAUGUUCUGAGCUUAAGAAGGACAUUGAUGACUUGGAGCUUACUCUGGCCAAAGUGGAGAAAGAAAAGCAUGCCACUGAGAAUAAGGUUAAAAACCUGACUGAAGAGAUGGCAGCUCUGGAUGAAAUCAUUGCCAAGCUGACCAAGGAGAAGAAAGCUCUGCAAGAGGCCCACCAGCAAACACUGGAUGACCUCCAAAGUGAAGAGGACAAAGUCAACUCACUGACAAAAGCCAAAGCCAAGCUUGAGCAGCAAGUUGAUGAUCUUGAAGGAUCCCUAGAACAAGAAAAGAAGAUACGUAUGGACCUUGAGAGAGCUAAGAGAAAGUUGGAGGGUGACUUAAAGUUGACCCAGGAAAACAUUAUGGACCUAGAGAAUGACAAACAGCAAAUGGAGGAGAAGCUGAAGAAGAAAGACUUUGAAAUAAGUCAGCUAAACAGCAAAAUUGAAGAUGAACAAGCAGUAUGCGCCCAGCUCCAAAAGAAACUGAAGGAACUGCAGGCCCGCAUUGAGGAGUUGGAAGAAGAGCUUGAGGCUGAAAGAGCUGCUCGGGCCAAGGUUGAGAAGCAGAGGGCAGACUUGGCCAGAGAACUGGAGGAAAUUAGUGAGAGGCUGGAGGAGGCUGGUGGAGCCACUGCUGCCCAGAUUGAAAUGAACAAGAAGAGAGAGGCCGAGUUCCAGAAACUGCGCAGAGACCUUGAAGAGGCCACUCUGCAACAUGAAGCUACUGCUGCUGCACUGAGGAAGAAAAAUGCUGACAGUGUGGCUGAUCUGGGAGAACAGAUUGACAACCUUCAGAGAGUGAAGCAGAAGCUUGAGAAGGAAAAGACUGAGCUUAAGCUGGAACUUGAUGAUGUGGUCUCCAACAUGGAGCAGAUUGCGAAGGCAAAGACAAACUUGGAGAAAAUGUGCAGAACUUUGGAGGACCAAAUGAGUGAAUUCCGAGUAAAGGCAGAAGAGGGCCAACGCACAAUUAACGAUUUCACUAUGCAGAAAGCUAAGCUUCAAACUGAGAAUGGUGAGCUUUCAAGACAGCUAGAAGAGAAAGAUUCGUUGGUCUCCCAGCUCACUAGAAGCAAACAGUCAUACACUCAGCAAAUUGAGGACCUCAAGAGACAACUGGAAGAAGAAGUCAAGGCUAAGAAUGCCCUGGCCCAUGCAGUGCAGUCCGCUCGCCAUGAUUCUGACUUGCUUAGAGAGCAGUUUGAGGAGGAGCAGGAAGCCAAGGCUGAGCUGCAGCGCAGUCUCUCCAAAGCCAACUCUGAAGUGGCUCAGUGGAGAACCAAGUAUGAAACUGAUGCCAUCCAGAGAACAGAGGAGCUGGAGGACGCAAAGAAGAAACUUGCUCAGCGUCUGCAAGAUGCAGAGGAAGCUGUGGAAGCUGUCAAUGCCAAAUGCUCCUCUCUGGAGAAGACCAAGCACAGACUGCAGAAUGAGAUUGAAGAUCUCAUGGUCGAUGUAGAAAGAUCCAAUGCUGCUGCUGCAGCUCUGGACAAGAAGCAAAGAAACUUUGACAAGGUUCUGGCAGAGUGGAAGCAGAAGUAUGAAGAGUCCCAGAGUGAACUAGAGAGCUCCCAGAAGGAGGCCAGAUCUUUUAGCACUGAACUCUUCAAGCUGAAGAACUCCUAUGAGGAGGCACUUGAUCAUCUGGAGACUAUGAAAAGGGAGAAUAAGAACCUCCAAGAGGAAAUUGCUGAUGUCACUGAACAACUUGGUGAGAGUGGAAAGAGCAUCCAUGAGCUUGAGAAAAUUAGGAAACAGCUGGAACAAGAAAAAUGUGAAAUUCAGGCAGCCCUAGAGGAGGCUGAAGGCUCACUUGAGCAUGAGGAGGGCAAGAUCCUAAGGGCUCAGCUGGAGUUCAACCAAGUAAAGGCUGAUAUUGAGCGUAAGCUGGGCGAGAAGGAUGAGGAGAUGGAACAGGCCAAGAGAAACCACCAGAGAGUGGUGGACACUCUGCAAAGCUCUCUGGAGUCUGAGACUCGCAGCAGGAAUGAAGCUCUCAGGAUAAAGAAGAAGAUGGAGGGAGACCUCAAUGAGAUGGAGAUUCAGCUUAGCCAGGCUAACAGGCAGGCAGCAGAGGCACAGAAGCAACUCAAGGGUCUCCAUGGGCAUCUGAAGGAUGCUCAACUGCAGUUGGACGAUGCUCUCCGUGGCAAUGAUGAUUUCAAAGAGAACAUUGCUAUUGUGGAGAGACGCAACAAUCUGCUACAAUCUGAACUAGAUGAGCUGAGAUCCUUGGUGGAGCAGACUGAGAGAGGCAGGAAACUGGCAGAGCAGGAACUGCUGGAUGUCAGUGAGAGGGUCCAGCUGUUGCACUCUCAGAACACUAGUUUGCUGAACCAGAAGAAGAAACUGGAAGGUGACACUUCCCAGCUUCAGACUGAGGUAGAGGAGGCUGUCCAAGAGUGCAGGAAUGCUGAGGAAAAGGCCAAAAAAGCCAUCACUGAUGCUGCCAUGAUGGCAGAGGAGCUGAAGAAAGAGCAGGACACCAGUGCUCACUUGGAGCGUAUGAAGAAAAACAUGGAGCAGACCAUCAAGGACCUGCAGCACCGACUGGAUGAAGCUGAGCAAAUUGCUAUGAAGGGUGGGAAGAAGCAGGUUCAGAAGCUGGAAGCCAGGGUGAGGGAGCUGGAAAAUGAGGUGGAGAUGGAACAAAGGAGGAGUUCUGAAUCCGUUAAAGGUGUCCGCAAGUAUGAGAGACGCAUCAAGGAAUUGACCUACCAGACUGAGGAGGAUCGUAAGAAUCUGGCCCGCCUGCAGGACCUGGUGGACAAACUGCAGCUAAAGGUUAAGUCCUACAAGAGAGCUGCAGAGGAAGCUGAGGAACAGGCGAACAGCAACCUUGGAAAGUUCCGCAAACUGCAGCACGAGCUGGAAGAAGCAGAAGAGAGGGCUGAUAUUGCCGAGUCUCAGGUCAACAAGCUGAGAGCCAAAAGCCGUGAUCCAGGCUCCAAGGUAACCCAAAACACUGGUUUGCAAGAACUAUAGAAAAUCUGGGACUUAUGCAAAAUAUCCACACAAUAAAUGUAAUGCUUGGUGUGCAUGUGACUAUAAUAACUAUUAUAUAUUACAGUGUAUAAUCACCAUUGCUU